UUAUUCAAUUCGCUUGGCGUGAUAAGAACGUUUAGUGAAUAAAAUGUUGAAUGUACGAUUUCUCAUCAUAUGUUUCCUGAUGCUGGGCAUGUCAGUUGCGCUGCCUGGUCGGGAGAGUUUUCAGGAGUUGCGUAAGCUACUGAGACAGGAACAUCAGGAUGAGCAGCAGCUGAUAGAGAAGCAAUUUAAUGAGGAUAUUCUCUUGUGGGCCCAGUCGCUGGAGCAACUGGGUCUGAAAUUUAUGGCAUUCGUGGAACAGUGUCGCCCACGUGGCAGUCGCUGCAGCCAGCGGCUGGUGCAGCGCCAUUUGCGAUCCCUGAGGCGCGGCUAUAGCGAUCUGCGCGCUCAACUGGAGACCCUAGAGAUUAACUACGUGGGCAAGAUAAACGAGGAACAGCUAUUGACACCCACAUUGCGGGCGGUAAGGCAAGUGCUGCAGCAAUACGACAGCAUGCUGAGGCUGGUAAAUUCAGAGGUCUAUAAGUUAGUCAACCAAUAGAGCUGGGAGUCUAAAAAUAAUUCAUAUAAAAAACAUAUCUACCGUAUUUAGCUAUAGUUAAGUAAUAAAAUGUUACUAUAAUAGACAACAAGAUUCACACGAUCAGGGCUAUACUUAAAUGUAAUAGCUGGGAAUUAAAACAGUAAAUCGGA